AUGCAUCCUUAUCUUCUCCUCUUGGCCCCUGCCCUUCUUCUCGCAGUCCAGCUGCUGAUCAGGCUUUAUCAAAUCUGGGCAUCCCCAUUGGCGUCAGUCCCUGGGCCUUGGCUAGCACGAUUCACGGAUCUUUGGUACGCUUGGCGAAUCGACAGAGGUCAAUUCGAGCGUGACAACAUCGCUCUCCAUCAGAAACACGGCCCAAUCGUCCGUUAUGGUCCAAAGAGAUAUAGCAUUUGCGAUCCCCUCGCUGCCAAGGUCAUCUACGGACAUGGCUGCGCUUUCCUCAAGUCGUCCUGGUAUGAUUCCUGGGGCGAUCCGAAUCCGCACAAAUGGUCCAUCUUCUCGGACCGCGAUGAGAAACGUCACAGCGCCAACAGGCGGCUCUACCAGAACAUGUAUAGCAUGUCUUCACUAGUCAACUACGAGCACUAUGUCGACGAGUGCACAAGUCUGUUUAUGCAGAGACUGUCGGAGAUGAGUAGUCGGCAGGGCACUGCUGAACCUGUUGACAUGGGACAUUGGUUCCAAUGCUACGCCUUUGAUGUGAUUGGAAUGAUCACUUACUCAAAGAGACUUGGCUUCCUUGAUCACGGUCAAGAUGUCGGAGAUAUUAUCAAAAACCUUGAAAAUCAUCUGUACUACGCGACCGAGGUCGGUGUAUACUCGUCUCUGCAUCAGUACCUCGCACCCGUCAGGAACCGGAUCGGGAAACGCGGCACAGGUCGGCAAUAUAUCGUCGAGUUCACCAAGCAGUGUCUGGCAGAUCAUCAGUCUAAUCCAAAGGCGAUAGUCACUGAUGACCUCGAUAGUGCCUCUGAACAUCAUAGUACCAUGGAUUUUCUUUCCAAGUUCAUUGCCAAGAACACAGCGGACAACUCCUCAUUUACGCAGUAUCACGUCCUUGCCGGGUGCGUGGCGAACAUGGUCGCAGGCUCGGAUACUACGGCGAUAAGCCUUAGCGCCAUUCUCUAUCACCUUCUCCGCAACCCAGACAAGUUGCGAAUUCUCCGAGAGGAGAUUGACGGAUUCUUUUCCAAGAAGACUGGUCCUGCGACGAGUAUCAACUUCCAAGACAGCCUUGGCCUUCCGUACCUUCAGGCAGUUAUUAAAGAAGCCCUCAGGAUGCACCCGGCAACCGGCUUACCGAUCGAGAGAGUUGUGCCUAAGGGAGGAGCUAUAAUCAGCGGGAAAUUCUUCCCAGACGGGACCAUCGUGGGUAUCAACAGUUGGGUUGAGCAUUACAACCCAGCAAUCUUUGGCCAAGACGCCAACUCGUUCAGACCAGAACGCUGGUUGACUGCGGAUCCGGAUCAGCUAUCGAAAAUGAGCCGACACUGGAUGCCCGUGAGUAUCGAAGAUUGA